GAAUACAAUGCUUCCUCCAACAAUUACAAAAUCUCAGCUUUUAUCAAAUUUUGAUACAUUCGUUUUCGAUGCCGAUGGUGUUCUUUGGACUGGAGAUAUUCCGAUUCCUGGAGCUGCUGAAUGGAUUAAUACAUUACUUGAUGAUCCGGAAAAGAGUGUUUUUAUUACAACGAAUAAUUCGACAAAGACUUUGGAACAAUAUAUGAAAAAAGUCAAAAAAAUGCGAUUUGGUCGACUUGGAAGAGAGAACUUACUUAGUCCAACCAUCGUUCUAUGUGAUUAUUUCAAACAAAAUUCUGAUAAAUUUGAAAAUCAAUACAUUUAUCUCAUUGGAGUGGAGAAUUUAAAAAAAAGUUUGGAAGAAGGAGGCGGAGUUAAAUGCUUUGGAACUGGACCCGAUCAUAAGGAUAAUUAUACAGAUGGAGAUUUUAUUAAUGAAGUUGAUGUUAAAUCGAAAAUUCCAAAAGCAGUUGUUGUGAGCUUCGAUUCACAUUUCAGCUAUCCUAAACUGAUGAAAGCCGCCAAUUUUCUUGCGGAUCCAUUAGUCGAGUUCCUCGUUUGCAAUGAAGAUUCAACAUUCCCGGGACCUGUACCAGGAAUGAUUCUUCCUGAAACUGGACCCUGGUCGGCUGCUAUUCAAAAUGUUUCUGGUCGAAAACCGGAUAUUGUAUUCGGAAAACCACACGAACAAUUGGCAAACUUUUUGAAAUCGAGAGUUCAGGCAGGAAAAUUCAAUUCCGAGCGCACUGUCAUGUUUGGAGAUCGAUUGGAUACGGAUAUGAUGUUCGGGAAAAAUAAUGGGUUCACAACUGUUUGGAUGCAAACCGGAGUCAACACUCUAUUGGACAUUGAACUCGCUCGUAAAAACGGGGAAUCCACGAAAAUUCCAGAUUUUACAUGUAGAUUUUCAGAAUUCUAGAUUUUUACAAUAACAUAACUAGGUAAAAGGAUGUUUUUAUAUCUCUCCUGAGCCAAACAGCAUAUUAGCAUUUAGGAGUGUGCUCACCAGAUAAAUUUAUUCCGUGAAACUGCAAAUGUUUUUCAAAACCUCGAGUUUUGAAGUAAUCUUCCUGUUAUAUUUUUUCUUGAAAUACGCGGCAUUUAUCCUCAUUGAUUUUUUUAAAGUUUUAUGUCUAACUGUGCCAUCUACAAAAGAAUGUAAAACCGUACGUGUUUAAUUUUGUAGUCAAUAAAAAUGGGAUUUCACUG